AUGGGCUUGGGAGGCUGCAGAAUCACAGCACUCACCCAGACAGGGCUUUCAGGAGGUGUACUUCCCUACCUGACCUUCUCUUUUUUCUCCCCAGCCUCUUUCUUCGGGGACAGCUUUGUGGAGAUGCCUCUGGCAGACGCCUCACGCACAGUGCGGCUCCACCUGCAGCUGUACACCAGCCAGGGGAAUGGGCUACUCUUCCUGGCCGCUGGCCAGCCUGACCACCUCCUGCUCCAGCUGCGAGCUGGCAGCCUUCAGGCCAAGCUGCAGCUGGGCUCAGAGGAGGUGACCCUGCAGUCCCCAGCAGGACUGCAGCUCAAUAACCUGGCAGUGCAUGACGUGGAGCUGCUGGUGGAAGAUGGCAGGAUGACGCUGACCAUCGAUGGCCUCUUCAACAGUUCCGUGGACAUCGCAGGGCCUGCACGGGAGCUGGACAUCCAGUAUGGCCUCUAUGCUGGUGGCACAGGCAGCCUGGACCUGCCCUAUCUUGCCGAGGUCAGCUCGCCAUUCAGGGGUUGCCUCCAUGUGGUGACAUUCAAUGGCCUGGAUGUCCUCUCCCCUCUGUCCACUGACGGCAGCUCCAAGAUCUUCCACCGGGUGCAGGAAGGGUGCAGCAUGCAGUUCUCCGCAGAGCCUGAGGACCCCUUCGGGUUCCCAGGGCCACACUCCUACAUUGCAUUUCCUACAUGGGAUGCGAGGAAGGAAGCGACCAUUGAGUUUGUGAUAACAACAAGCAUCACCCAGGCACCCCUCAUCUACCACGCAGGGCUGGAGAAUGACUUCUUCUACCUGGAGAUCUCCAACGGGCGCCUGCGAGGAUUUGUGGAGAAAGGGAAUGGCAUCAUCGUCCUGCACAACAACGUCUUCAUCAGCGAUGAGCAGCAGCACUAUGUCAAAGUCUACACGGACAUCCACAAGUUUGAGAUACUGAUAGAUUACUAUGCUUCAUCCACAUCCAACCGGGGCAUCAACAACUACCUGGACCUUCAGGGAAAUCUCUUCAUUGGGGGUAUGGACGAAAAAGCUUUGCAAAGGCUGAGGGAACAUCAUCUUGCUUUCAUCUCAGUGUGGACCAUGACCAACCACUCGUUUGUUGGCUGCCUGGAGGACCUGCGGAUAAACCUGCAGAGGAGGAGUCUGCAAGAUGCUGUGAUCACAAAGGACAUCACAUUAGGCUGUGGGAAGCAAGACCACUACUGGGACUAUGAGGAGGUAUAUGAGCAGGAUGAGGCACCCACCUCCCCACCUCCAAAUGUCUUGUCGGGAGCACCAGGUCUGGUGGUGGAACCAUGCCAGCCCGACAGCAGCUUCCCACCUGCCUUUGCCAACAUCAGCAGGCUGCUGCACGUCAGCCCCCUCAUCGUCUCCGAAGGGGGCAUGGCCUAUCUGGAGUGGAAACACGCCCAGCCAACAGUAGACUUGAGCCUGGCAAACAUCCGUCAGUCUCAAAUCCUCUUCAGCAUCACCAAUGACCCCAGGCAUGGCCAGCUGGAGCUGGACAUUCCUGGGUCCAGGAGUAGAAGGAAGUUCACCCUGUUGGACAUUGUGAACCGGAAAGUCAGAUACAUCCACGAUGGCUCCGAGGGGCCCAUGGACCAGCUGAUGCUGGAGGUGACGGUGACCACUCAACAAGGGGUCCCAGAGUGCUUGCGGCAGGGGCAGAUGUACCUGCUGCCCAUCAUGAUCAACCCUGUCAAUGAUGCCCCACAGGUGAUCUUUCCCCAUGGGAACCACAUGACAAUCCUGAAGCACACACGGAAGCACCUGACCACCGAGAUCCUGCAGGUCCUGGAUGACGACACAUCCUGUGAUGACCUCGAAUUCCAGCUGCGUGGUGGCCAGCAGAUGGAGGAGGGUUAUGUGGAGUAUGACUUCCAUCCUGGAGUGCCCAUCGAAGACUUCUCCUGCAAGGACCUGGAAGCAGGCAACGUAGUCUAUGUGCAUCAAAGUGGGACAAACUUACAGCUCACCUUGCAGGUGACCGACGGCACAGUCCCGAGCCCCAUCGCCACCCUGAGGAUCCUUGCCAUUGACCCUGACAUCCGCCUGCUCAACAACACUGGCCUCUCCAUCUCCCAAGGAGGGGCCGCACGCAUCACCACAGCCAACCUGUCAGUGGAGACGAACGCCGUGGAACAACGGGUCUCCAUUCUGUACAUCCUCACAGAGCCCCUAAUGUAUGGCGAAGUCCAGAAGCAAGGGAGCAUGGGAGGGGAAUGGAAAAAAGUCGAGUCCUUCCACCAGCAAGACCUGGAGCAAGGGCGCAUCCAGUAUUUCAGCACAGACCCAGAGCACUGGCUGGAAGACAGCACGGAGAAGCUGAGAUUCAAUAUCCAGGUGGGGCAGAAGGUCUUGGCAAACAACACUUUCCUCAUAAGGAUUAAAAGAGCUACCAUUAAGAUGAGGACCAUGGUUCCCCUCCAGAUGAAGAACAGGCGGCACAGAAAUAUCACCAGCAAGGAGCUGGAGGCAAUGUUGGAAGAUCCAAACUCUGCCCCACUCCCCUUCCACUACAUGAUCAUCCAGGCUCCCAAAAAGGGUAACCUGGAGUUGCUUGGCAACAGGCUGACUGAAGGCUUUGGAUUUACCCAAGAGGACCUGGAGAGAAAUCACCUGAGCUACAGCGUGACCAUCAGGAACUCUCAGCAAGCCGAGGACACCUUCCAGUUCCGUGUCCGUGCUGGUGAGCAGCACUCUCCUGUCUACACCUACACAAUCAGCAUCGGUGGAGACCCUGAUGCACCAGCCCUGACCAAUGUCCUCCUGACCGUGGCCGAAGGGGGACAGGCCAUCAUCUCCAAGGACCACUUGUUUGUGCAGAGUGUGAACAGCAUGGACUACCUCUAUGAGGUGAUUGAGGGACCAGCACACGGGAGGCUGGCCUGGGCUGCAUCCCAUGGCUGGGCCUCCAGAGAGGAGAUCACAGAGUUCACCAACGACGACAUCCUCCAACGCCGGCUGCUGUACCAGCACGAUGACUCUGAGACACUGGAGGAUGACAUCCCCUUCGUAGCCAUCAGGCAGGGUGAGGGCAGCGCUGAGCCUGAUACAGAGGUGAGGGGUGUUUUCAGGGUAUCCAUCCAACCUGUCAAUGACCACAUCCCUGUCCGGGUAGUAAACAAAGUCUUCAACGUGGUGCGCAAUGGGCAGCACCUGCUGACUACCGAUGACAUUGCCUUCACUGACAAGGACUCCGGCUUCUCCGACACACAGCUAGUGCUGGUGAGGAAGGACAUCUUGUUUGGCAGCAUCGUGUCUGUUGAUGACAGAAGCCACCAGAUCUAUCGGUUCACACAGGAUGACUUGAGGAAGAAGAAGAUCCUCUUUGUCCAUUCAGGGGCUGACCGGGGCUGGAUCCAGCUACAGGUCUCAGACGGCCUCCACCAAACCACAGCACUCCUGGAGGUACAAGCGUCAGACCCCUAUAUCAAAAUAGUCAACAACACCGGUCUGGUCAUUCACCAGGGCACCCGAGGGAGCAUUGAUUCCUCUGUCCUCAACCUGGAGACCAACAUGGACAUCAGGUCAGAUGAAGAGAUACGGUUCCUGAUAACAACACCCCCAAGGUGGGGGACGGUGCUGAGAGGAGAGCAGCCAGUUAUGGCCUUCUCCCAGAAUGACCUGCUGGCAGGAGAGAUCUCCUACCACCACAACGGGAGCAGGAACACCCAGGAUGAGCUCCAGUUCACUGUAGAAGCAAACGAGGUGGCAGUGGAGGACACACUGGCCAUCAGUGUGUUCUUGGACACCCAUCCCAGCCCCCUGAGCAUAGUCAACCACAAGGAGAUCUAUGUCUUCCAGGGGGAAGCAGCUGGCAUCAAGGAGGAAUACUUACAGGUGACUCAUGAAGAGAUCCCUCCCCAAGACAUAGUCUACCUGGUGAGCAGACCCCCAGCCUCUGGCUUCCUUGCAAUGCUUCAGCACGGUCAGGACACAAACGAGCAGCCCAGCCUGGACCCUGUCCAGUCCUUCACCCAGGAGGACAUAAACAGUGGCAGAGUCCUCUACCUCCACUCCAAGCCCAAUGAGGAGCGCGACCGGUUUGUCACAGACGUCACGGCCCGCGGUGCAGACCCUCUGAAGGGGGUGGUUGUGAGCCUGGUUGUGCUCCCCAUCACUGUCCCCUUGGAUGUCCACAACAUAACAGUUCCGGGAGGUGGCUCUGCUGUCCUCUCCGUAGGCAUCCUCAGCAUCCCCAACAUCUACUACCCAACUCUUGGCAUGGAGUUCAGGGUGCUUGAGCCCCCCCGGUUCGGCACCCUCCUGAGCAGCGAGCGGCCAGAGGAGCGUGGGCUGCACAGCUUCACCUGGAGCGAGGUGGAGAACCAGCAGAUCCAGUACAGGCAGCGUCCCCGAUCCCUAACUGACAGUUUCACCGUCCUGGCCAACGCCACCGAGAUAUCCCGACAGAGCCAGCCCAGGACCCUCUUCAUCACCAUCCUGCCCCGCAACACCAAGGGGCCGCGACUCAGGGUCAACGCCGGUUUGCAGCUGCGGGAAGGUGCCACAGCUGCUAUCAGCCCCCACAUCCUGAGCGCUGAGGACGAGGACUCCCCAGCAGAGGAGGUGACCUACUCCAUCCAGCCCCCAGCCAAUGGGAAGGUUGUGCUGAGGUCUGCACCCAGCGCUGAGGUCCAGAGGUUCACCCAGGCCCAGAUAAACAACGGCCUCGUCCUCUUCGUACACCAAGGUAGGGCAGGGCUGAGGUGCCCCAACCUUCUUGCAUCACCCCAGGGUGAUGAGGACACUGUGACACCAAGCUGGGUGUUAACCCCAUCGUCUGUGCUUUCCACAGGACUCCUGGAUGGAGGCUUCGCCUUCGACCUGUGGGACGGUGAGAAUCUGUCUCCUGGGCACUUCUUCCUCAUCAGGGCCCAGAGAGAGCCCAUCAUCAGCCUGGCCAAGAAGCAGAGCCUCACUGUCUGCCCAGGUGCUUUGCAGCCCAUCACCAGCCAGAACCUGCAGGCAGUGAGCAACAGCCCUGCCAGCUCUACUGCUCUGUACUACAGCAUCGAGCAAGCCCCACGUCUGGGCAGGCUGACCACCUCUCGGGGGGAGGAAAUCAGGAACUUCACCCAAGCCCAGGUGGACAGCCAGUUGAUUUUCUACCAGCAUGAGAUGCCAGACAAGCCCUUCUGGCUGGCCCAAGAUGCCAUCCGCUUCCGUGUGGUCGCUCCCACAACCAUCUCUGAUUCCUUCAUCCUCCUCGUGCUGAUCUCCUUUGAGGCAAAAUGUUCCCAACGCUCAACUCAGCUAUGGAAAAAUGCAGGUCUCCAGCUUGCAAGGGCUCAGCGGGCUGAGAUUGACACCUCAGUGUUGGAUGCCUCUAACCUCCUAAGCCAAAUCCUGGUCCCUGACAGGGCUGGAUAUGAUGUUGUCUUCCAGGUGAUGGAGCUGCCAGUUCAUGGGCAGCUCUUGGUGGCUGGUGUGCCCCUGGAGCGGUCACGGCCGUUUUUCCUGCAGUCAGACCUGGCAGCGAGGCGCCUGGAGUAUUCCCACGGUGGGGACAGUGUCUCUGAAGACCAUUUCAGUUUUAAGGCUUGGCUCCAACCCCAGGAACAGCAGUCUGUCCGUCCUCCACAGGAAGGGGUGGUCAUCUCUGAAGCUUUCAAUAUAACAGUGCCCAGCAGCGUCGAGCCGCUGCGGGUGGUGAAGCGGCAAGAGGUGUUGCAGGUCCCACCAGGUUCCAUGGUCACCUUAUCCCAGGAGUUCCUGGAUGUGGCAGACCCAUCUGUGUCCCCACAGGAGAUGGUUUACAGCGUCCUCCAGAGACCUCUCACCGGCCACCUGGCCACUGCACACAACCCACGGGAGCCCAUCAGCCGCUUUACCCAGGCAGAUGUCAACGCUGGCCGCGUGGUGUUUGUCUCCACAGGGGGCCGUGCCCCAGGGUCCUUAGCCCUGAGCCUCUCUGAUGGCCACCACCCACCCACACUGACCUCACUGGAGAUCAAGGUGCUCCCUGUAGUGAGCACCACUGCCAGCCCAGUGCUGCUGGAGGUGCCCCAAGACCUGAACAGGGCCCCCAUGUCCCACCAUCACCUCCUGGGCCCCCCACAGCGUGGGACAGGCAAUAUCCUGUACAGGAUUACCAAGGACCCCAGGUUUGGCCAAGUGCAGGUCAACCAAAAGCCGUCGCGGAGCUUCUCGCAGAAGCAGCUGGACCGUGGGGAGGUGACGUUCACCUUCACCGACCUCACAUCCCCCAAGGAUGACUUCCAGUUCCUCGCCAUGUCACGGGCAGGAAACAGGACUGGGGUGGUGAACGUGACUGUCCGUGCCACUGUGAAGGCUCGGCCAGGCAGCUUGUGGCCCCAGGGCACCACAGCCCUUCUGGACACCAAAAUCCUCGACGCCAGUGAGGCGGCCAUCCUCGACGCCAGUGAGCUGGCCAACUGCACCAAGAGCGUCCCAGUCUUCAAGGUCCGCAGGGUGCCCCGUGCCAGCCGUCUUGUGAGGGUAUCCAAGGACCCAGGACAACCCACCACCCCAAUCGAGACCUUCAGCCAGAGUGAGCUAGAGCAAGGACUGGUGGGGCUGGAGGUGCUGGAUGCUGGGGACACCCACCAACCCCUGCAGAGUGACAGCUUCAUCUUCGAGCUGGUGGCUGAUGGUGUGCCACCGGCGCUGGCAUCCCUGGAGUACCACAUCGAGCCCUACAAUGCCUCAAAAUCCUACGGUGUCACCCUGCUCCAGGGCCCCCUGGCACCCUCACCCCUGACACCCCAGGGCACAGCAAGGAGCAGCCCCAAUGCCAGUGAGCUGGGCAUACACCCCACUCCCUGGCUGGCACCCAGUGCCACCAGCAGCCCUGUGGAGAGGGGCACCUUCCUCAGCUUCAUCGAGGCCAACAUGUUCAGCAUCAUCAUCCCCAUCUGCCUCAUCCUGCUCCUGCUGGCCCUCAUCCUGCCCCUGCUCUUCUACCUGCACAAGCGCAACAAGACGGGGAAGCACCACGUCCAGGGCACUCCUGCUUCCAAGGCCAAGAACGGGGCUGUGCCAGACCACGAGACCUUCCGGAGGACGGACCCCAACCAGGGCAUCCCCCUAACGACUGUUAACGCCCUGGAGGGCAAGGGCACAGGUCCCCCACCCCAGGGCACAGGGCCUGGGGCACCGCCAGACCCUGAGCUCCUGCAGUACUGCCGGACUUCCAACCCCCCGCUGAAAAACAACCAGUACUGGGUGUGA